AUGACUUGCACGCACGUAAACGCGCCUGAGCUUCACCCACCGGGACCAACACAGUCUGUAUACCGGGAAGACUGCACACAGUGCUUCGACUCGAUCGAUGAUCCUACAGGCCUUGACGUGUGCCUCUACUGUUUCAACGGUGGAUGUACGAGUGAUCGAAACCAUGCUCUCCUCCACGUAUCAUCUGCGAACCACCCACUUGUCCUGAACAUCAAGCGCACGCGAAAGAGGAUUACGCGCGAUGAGCCCCCACAGAAGAUGACGAAGCUUGCCGUUGCAGCUGAAACCGAGUCGGAUCGCUACGAUACCACGACCCAAGUCAAGUGCUAUGAGUGCGGUGUCGACGAUGUAGACAAGAGCUCAGGGAAGCUGCCGGAUGUUGUGGAAGCAGUCCUUAAGGCAAACACAUUCGCGAAGCAGCAGGAGGUUAAGGCCUGGGAACAAGAGUUGACCGCCUGCGAACAUACACUCUGCUUGGAACAACAAGCGGCGCGACAAAUCGAGUCUCAGAACUUAGGUCAUUGUUCAGAGUGUGAGCUCAACGAGAACCUCUGGCUAUGCUUGACCUGUGGCAAUCUGGGCUGUGGCCGCCAGCAGUUUGGUGGGGUCGGUGGCAACUCACACGGCGUAGGACAUACAAAGUCAACCGGUCAUCCUGUUGCAGUCAAGCUCGGAUCUCUCACCGCGGAUGGUACGGCCGAUAUCUACUGCUACGCUUGUGAUGAGGAGCGCAUAGAUCCUGAACUCCCAGACCACCUAGCACAUUGGGGCAUCAACAUCAAAGAUAGGGUAAAGACAGAGAAGAGUCUUACGGAGAUGCAGGUCGAGCAGAACUUGCGUUGGGACUUUGCUAUGGUGACCGAGGAUGGUAAAGAACUCCAACCAUUGUUUGGACCAAACUUCACAGGCUUGAAGAACCUGGGUAAUAGCUGCUACCUUAACAGUACCCUACAGGCUCUUUUUUCUAUCCAAGAGUUCAAGGACCGAUAUUACCUUCCCGAUGAAGCUCCACCGGAGACACCACUUCCUGCCGAAGACCUGGAAACCCAGCUACGCAAGAUCGCGGACGGAAUGAUUUCAGGACGGUAUUCAAAACCGGACAGCGACGUUAUCACUAACGAGCACAGUCCCGAGAUCCCGCAUCAACGCGGCCUCGCGCCUGCCAUGCUCAAGCACCUGAUCGGACGAGGUCACGCCGAAUUCUCAACCAUGCGACAACAGGAUGCGUUCGAACUGCUUUUGCACCUACUUCAACUUGUUUCACGCAGUAAGCAUGUUGGGCUCCAUAAGGAUCCAGUCAGUGCUUUCCGCUUUGCUAUGGAGCAACGGUUACAAUGUGUUAGCUGCAAGCGUGUUCGGUACAAGACAGACGAGCAGGAGAACAUUUCUAUCCCAGUUCCCAUCCGCAGAGUCCCGAAAGACUCGCAGAUGGACGUCACCGAUGGAAACGGCAAAACGGAAGAGAAGGAAGAAUUUGAGUCAGUCUCGCUAAAGGAGUGUCUCGAUAUCUUCACAGCCGAAGAAUUAGUUGAGCUUACUUGCGGUGCUUGUGGCAGCAAGGAUGGGUUCACGAAGAGAAGCAUGUUCAAGACUUUCCCUUCAGUAUUGGCUGUCAAUGCCAGGCGCUUCGAACUGGUCAACUGGGUGCCUACUAAGCAAGAUGUUCCAGUCAUUGUUAAUGAUGAACCGUUCUCCUUCGACGCCUACAAGUCAAAGGGACUAAGCGAUGGCGAGGAGCUUCUUCCAGAAGACGCAGGCACAGGAGCGGCUGGAGGUUCAAAAUGGGCACCUAACGAGGCUGCGUUAUCGAUGCUUGAAGCCAUGGGUUUCCCUAGGAUCAGAUGCGAGAAGGCUCUACAUGCCACUGGCAAUGAAGAUGCCGAAGCAGCGAUGACCUGGCUAUUCUCACAUAUGGAGGACCCAGAUAUUGAUGAUCCUGUCGACUUCAAUGCUGGGUCUGGGGGAGGCGCGCCUGCUGCAUCUGUUCUUGACCCGGAAAAGAUUGAGAACCUAGGGGCCAUGGGCUUCAACGCUCCCCAGGCACGUCAGGCUCUGAAGGAGACGGGUGGCGAUAUGGAGCGCGCCGUCGACUGGUUGUUCAGCCACCCGGAUGCACCUGGCGACUUCGACGAAGGUGGUAGCUCUGAUGCACCUGCCGAGCUAACAGAGAAGCCAUUGGCUGGUAGUGAGACGCUGCCUGCAAACUUCCAGCUUCAAUCUAUAGUAUGCCACAAGGGUAGCUCGAUACAUGCUGGACACUAUGUCGCGUUUGUGCGCAAGCAGUUGCCAGAUGAGCAGGCUGCAUCAUGGGUUCUCUUCAACGACGAGAAGGUUGCCAAGGCAGCCGACGUGGAGGAGAUGAAGAAGUUUGCCUAUGUGUAUUUCUUCAGGCCACUGCUCGACCACUACAACAAGCCACGCAAUGUUGGUUCCAUGUCAAAGACCGACAACGAUGUCGGUACUGGUCUCGUCGGUGCACCCGCAUGUGGCGAUGUCAUGAAGCUCCAGAUCCGUGUCGACCCCAACAGCAACACUAUCAGCGACGUCAAGUUCAAGACCUUCGGUUGCGGUAGCGCCAUCGCUAGUUCGAGUUAUCUGACCGAAUUGGUUCGGGGUAUGACACUGGAGGAUGCAUCGAGGAUUAAGAACACAGAGAUCGCGAAGGAGCUUUGCCUACCACCUGUAAAGCUGCAUUGCUCCAUGCUUGCUGAAGACGCCAUUAAAUCCGCCAUCUCCAACUACUACACCAAGAACCCCAACGCACGGCAAACAGACCUUGGCGGCAAGUCGGCACCGCUGCCAAAGGUUGAGAUCGAGACUGUUUCCUCCGCGACGGCCUAG